UUCUCAAAAAUGGCUCCCCCCUUAUUUCGCGAUAGUGUAAUCAAAUAAAUGGUCGCAUUAAUAAACGCUCUAUCGCUCCUGACAUGUGAGAAUUGUACGAGUAAUCUGUCAAGAUUUAUCCGAAGACUGAUUAGGAUCAAGCAUGUGAGUGGGGCCCUGAGUAGCCGGUGAAUAUCAGUAAUACGUUUCCAGCAGCAUGUCGACAAUGGCCGAUGAAUCUACUUCCGUGCCGAGAAGGCGUCAAUUGCGUGAGAGGACCAAAAAGUUAUACACAGAUGAUUGGACACUGGGAGAUGAAGAUAUCGAAGGACGGAGAACUUUUCAGCUCGAUGAAAAGAUUGAGUGCGAACGAUAUGACUUGAGUAAUUUUAAUGGAUUAUUUCGUGAGAUGACGGGACCUGAAUUAACCCUGAGUUACCUACAAAAACAUGGUCUUGGGAUACCGUUAUUAUUCAAAGAAAAAACCGGACUAGGCUUGCGUGUGCCAAGUCCAAAUUUCUCAAUAAACGAUGUCAGAACCUGCGUAGGUUCCAAAAGAAUCUUGGAUGUAAUGGAUGUAAAUACUCAAAAAAAUGAAGACAUGACUAUGAAGGAGUGGCAGAGGUACUAUGAGGAGCCGAACAAGGAUCGCUUGCUGAACGUAAUAUCGCUGGAAUUUAGUCAUACAAGGCUGGAAAAUUAUGUGCAAUCUCCUACAGUAGUCCGUCAAGUUGACUGGGUGGACGUUGUUUGGCCGAGACAUUUGAAAGAGGCUCAGGUUGAGGCGACAAACCUGUUAGAAGAUAUGAUGUAUCCAAAAGUACAGAAGUAUUGUUUAAUGUCAGUGAAAGGCUGCUACACAGAUUUCCACGUCGACUUUGGCGGCACCAGCGUAUGGUACCACAUACUGCGAGGUGGUAAAAUAUUCUGGCUUAUACCUCCAACAGAGAAGAACUUAGCCUCUUACGAGCAGUGGGUACUGAGUGGGAAACAAUCAGAUGUGUUUUUUGGUGACAUGGUAGACAGAUGUGGGAGAAUUAGUUUGACUGCGGGAAUGACCUUAUUCAUUCCAACAGGAUGGAUUCACGCAGUUUACACACCUCAAGAUUCUCUCGUUUUUGGGGGUAACUUUUUACACAGUUUCGGCAUCGAUAAACAAUUGAAAGUUGCUCAAGUCGAAGAACAUACGAAGGUUCCACAGAAGUUUCGGUACCCAUUUUUCACAGAGAUGCUCUGGUAUGUGUUGGAACGAUAUGUUCACAUGCUGUUGAACAGAAGCCACCUAGAUAUUCAGGACGCAAACCAACAACCCCCGGCUACAAAGCUACAUGAACAUACACAUUUGACUCCAUUUGAAUUGCAUGGAUUGAAAGCAAUUGUAAUGUACCUGCAUUCUCUUCCGUCUACAAAGAAAAACGUUCCUGAACUAAUACGAGAUCCAGUAGCACUUAUUCACGAUGUUAGGUGCCUUGUUCAACAACAUAGACAUGAUAAUCCCGAUGCAGCUGUUACAGGAUACCCGGUACUGCCACCCCCUCCAACAAUGACAAUUGCAGACAGAGAGCGUCUACGAGCAACCAAAAAAAGUUAUACAAAGUUGCAACGGCAGCAAUCCCAAGACAAGUCUGAUGGCCUAAAAGAGAGCAAGCCAGGUGUUCCUCGGAGGAGGCGUACCAGAUGUAAAAAAUGUGAAGCAUGUACCAGGUCCGAUUGUGGGGAGUGCGCUUACUGCCAAGACAUGGUUAAGUUUGGUGGUACAGGAAGGGCUAAGCAAACGUGUCUUAUGAGGCAGUGUUUAAGACCAAUGCUCCCUGUUACAGCUGCUUGUAAGGUCUGCCGGCUGGAUGGAUGGAAACAGCAACCAGCACCACUUAUGGGAAAACCAACACCGUCAACGCCGUCAACGUUAAUGGAGUGUACGGUUUGCUAUGAUAUCGUACAUCCGGACUGUCUGGCAGAAUCCGGUCAAGGAGGAAUAGCUAGCGAAGAUCUUCCAAACAGUUGGGAAUGUCCACAGUGUUGUGAAAGCGGUCGACACUUGGACUAUAGACCUCGGCAUUUCAAAGCACGUGCUCGCAAGAUCUCUGUUUCAAGUGGAGCCUCAUCGGCCCCUACAACUGACUCUGAGCGAGCGACUACCCCAAGUAAACGAUCUAGACCAGACCCAAAUGAGGCCUGGAAUGAUCGGGAACCGGCCGAAGGUGAGCAACGCACAGCGUUGCGCACUCAGUUAGCUAUGCAGUUGACAGGAUCGACUAGUAAGUCGUUGAAACGGCCUCAUGUAGUAGUAAGGCCGUCGCAGUUACCCCCACCAUCCAAGCCUGGACCAGACUUCAACGGGCACACUUUAGCUUACGACAAAACAGUAAUGCUGGCUAUAUUUAGGUUUCUAAGCUUGAAAGAUUUAGCAAAUUGUGCUUUAGUGUGUCGUACAUGGGCCAGGUAUAGUGUAGAUCCUAGUUUACGGAAAAGAAUGGACGUGUCUCAUGCUCACUUGACCGCAGCCCACUUAACAGGCAUUGCUCGAAGGCAACCAGAAAAUUUAAACUUAAAUUGGACGAACGUCACUAAGAGGCAAUUAGCUUGGCUCCUAGACAGAUUGCCUCAACUUAGAGUUUUAUCAUUACAAGGUUGCAUUUGGUCGGGCAUAUGCGCCCUUAAGACUUGUACGUGCCCUCCGUUAGUUAGUCUUGACCUAGGUCACGUCUCAGGUUUAAACGAUUCCAGUUUGAGAGAAGUCUUAAGUCCUCCGGCUGACUCCAGACCUGGUUUAAUAGACAAAACGUCACGCUUAAAGCACUUGAAAAGUCUUUCAUUGGCUGGUUGCGAUAUAACUGACAUAGCUCUCAGAUAUAUUGUGCAACAUUUACCGUAUAUUGAAAUUCUGGAUCUAUCAUCUUGUGGACGAGUUUCAGACGCUGGAGUCGCCCAGCUGACUACUGCUCCAGCACAAACCCUGUCCAAUUUAGUUUCUCUAAAUUUAUCGAACUGUAGGCUACUAACAGAAGCCAGUCUUGAUCACCUCGGGAGGUGUAAAGCGCUUAAACGGUUAGACCUACGGCACACUACACACGUUUCUACGCAAGCUGUCAUAAAGUUUGCUGCAAAAAGUGUACACAAUUUACAUGUGACUGAUGUUAAGCUAGUUGAAGAAAAAGUAAGUAAGUAAUUGUGUCUGUAAUUCGUAACAUAAAUAUUCAACGUAUUUUACGCUUCUGAAAUUCUAUUCAAGAAAAGUAAAAGAACUGUCACACAUGAUUUGUGUAUCCUAAAUCACCAGUACUAUAAAUUCUAUGUGAAAUGCUUACAACAUUUUUUUUUAAUCUAAGAAUAACAGCAAGUUUGCUCUUAAUAAGCUUUUUCGUAAUCAUCUAAGCAUCUUAAUCACAAUAUUAUUUGGCUAUUUUAUCGCUGUGAGAUAUUAAAAGUAUUUCGUACUUGUACUUUUAUUUAGUUUAAUCAGUGAAAAAAUAACUUAUCUUUGCUUUCUGGAAAUUAUUAUUUACCAGUUUGCAAAAAUUUUUGAAAGUUGAACAUCCCAAUGAGCAUUGAUUGCUCUGAUGCUAUAAAUAAUUAUGAAAAAGCUGGCUAGUUAUUUGAUAGGAGAGGUACCUAUUACACCUGGUCCAUGAAAGCCUCUGUUGCGUGCAAUGUAUUUCUAUGACAUGAAGAUUUAAAAGUGAAAAAAUUAAGUAACUACAGCGGGAUAUGACCGUAAAUCGAUACGCAAAUACUUAUUUAUACAAAGUGUGAUCAGUAGACUGUAAUUAACGAACGUAAAAUUUAUGUUCAAACUUACAUAUUAAGGUAUCGAACCGUGAUAUACAUAUAAUUACGUUGUAUUUAUUGUUUAUAUUAGAAACUUGAAACGUAUUACGCCAAGAA